AAGUUCAGUUUCAAUCAAAUCCUCACCAAAAACGGUCGUUCGCAAUCGAUUCGGAGCGGUGUUCUGUACAUAUUUCUUGAUUUCGGGCGCGAUCUCCGGUGUGCAAUUCAGGUUUGCGGGUUUUACCGGAUCAAGUCUAAGUCUAAGGACUAGCUGAAUUGGACCGCUAGGAAAGGUGUUUGUUCUGAAAAAGGCGACGCCAAACUCGAAGACGACGACAACGACGACGUUUGGGGUGCAUAUUUUGUGUUCAAAUGGCGAAGUCGGCAACAUUGGAGACGGGGAUGUGAAGACCAAACGCGCGUGUCUAUGAAGUGUAUGACGUUAGUCUAAGGGAUUAUUUGACAUCGGCGCGUGGGAUUGAUUUGAUCUGACGAAGGAACCUCUGAAAGGUGAUUCAAAGCGACGAUCGUUUUGCAUGUGUUUAAAUGCUAAUUAGGGUUUAGGUGAAAAUCGAUUUGACAGUGAGCUGACAUAAUGGCGACCGUGACAUCAAGGUUGCGAUUAGGGGCAUAUUUAGGAUUGAUGGCUCUGCUGGCUACGAUGGCUGGUGCUCAAGAAACUGCGACACAGCGGUCCCAGGUGCUCAACGAUGGAUCGUUCAAGUUUGCCGCCAAGACGAGUUUUUCCUGCAGUGGACGAGCCGCCGGAUACUACGCAGACGUCGAAACGGGUUGUCAGAUCUACCACAUGUGUGACGGAUUGGGACGGCAGUUUAGCUACGCUUGUCCCAACACUACGCUGUUCCAGCAGCGAAUGCUGAUCUGCGAUCAUUGGUACAUGGUCAACUGCUCCAAAGCGGAGAGCAACUACGCAGCAAAUUUGCUGAUAGGACAACGAGAUAAGCCAUUCGUUACGGAUGACGAGAACGAACUUCGUACGCCAAGACCCGAUCUGCUGGACACACCCUACGCAGCUGGAUACAACAUGGAUUCGUUCAAAUACAACUACUUCAAGACCAACACUCAAGCCCCGCAGAAUGCGAUUCCAGCAAACGGUAAGAGUUCAGUGAAGACUCAAACCGUCAAGCCAAAACAAACGACGAGUGAGAUCUUUGAGGAGAGCGCCAGCAAUCAUGGUCUUCCGAUUCACUGGAGCACGAGGUAUGCUAAGGAAGACGAUGAUAAGGAACGUAAGGAUGACAAACAGGAGCUGGACACUCCGUUGAGUACUGCUAUUCCGUUGAGCACCGAAGAAGCGCAGUUGCAAGGCAGUAAGACUAACGAACGUCGAGAUGUGAAGGAAAAUGAGAAUAGAACCACAGUGCGGGUCAACGCCAAAGAAAAGCAAUCGAAUAGAGUUGAAGAAGCUGCAAGUAACAAUAAUCAGGUCAACGUUAAAGUGCCGUCCAUUCGGUACGAACCACCAUUUACACCAGAAGAGCAAGUCAAACGAGGAAGUGCCAGUAAAGAAACGUUAGGAGCAGGUUUCAAACCCUUCGAAUCUAUCUUGAAUUUCAACAAGAAAGGUAACCGCAAGGACUACGAUUUCUCAAACCUUUUCGGAAGGAAUGAAAGCAUUAGGAAUACACCACCAGCACAAACCCCAACUCCGGCAUCAACUACCACACCAAGAACCAUCCAAUCGAGCACCACCAGGUUCUUCAGCAGCUCUUCUACAACGCCAUCCCGUUCAACAACAAGAUUCUCAUCAACUUCGCGCCAAACUGGCUUCGUCACAUCCACAGGCACAACCCAAAAGCCAAUUUCUAUCAUUGUCUCUGACUUGCAACCACCUCAGUUGAAUCCUGCUCAGUUUUCGCCUGGAACUGGACCAGCUUUCCGACCAGCUGUAACAACCGCAGCUCCAAGAAGCACUUUCACAGCAACUGCUACAACUACGACGACAACACCAAGGCCCCUAACCCUAUCAGACCCUCGUCAAUCGAACCGCGCUCCAACGACAAUCCUGUUCAACCCUCCAGCAGCCACAGCUGGCUUGUUUGAAAACCGUUUCGCUCUGCAACGACCCCCGGUUACGUCCAAAGUCCCGGUUCCAUCUCGAGAUAUCCUGCCACCAUUCCAAAACGUCGCCAACUUUGACAAGAUCAAGAACCGUUUCGUCAGCGAAGCAAUCUUCACCCGUCAACCCAUCACCAACGAACCGUCUAGCGGGCCCAUCAAAUCCGGAAUCGACAAGCUCCAGGGUGACGUCCAAAUCCAAGUACGCAACGAUAACGUUCCUCGACCCUUCAGUGUCCCAACUCCGGCCAACGACCUUCUCCCCCCAAAGAAGGAAUACGUGUUCUACGAUGAUGCCACCACCAAAGGCCCGCCAAUCUACUAUCAAUGGAAGUGGUCCAUUCCAUCAUUUGGGCUUGAACCUCCACUGGACGCCCCACUAACCGAUGAGGAAAAACUACUUACUCAACUGAACCCUGCGUCCCAGGAUUCACCCGACUCCAACCGCGAACACAACCAAACCGCUCGCUCGAUUUCCUCCGAAACGGGAAAUCCCGGCGAGAAUCCUUCGACCAGCAACACGAUCGCUGAAGCUAACAAACGCAAAAUCCAACUGCCAACGCACAACUACCUUGAACUUCGCAAACAACUGGCCAUUCCUGAUUUCACGUUCCCACUGGAAAGCGCCGGCACUGCCCAAAGCGUCUACGAGCAGGAGGGAGCGGUCAACUCUUUCCAGAUCAAAAUUCCAGCCUACGCUCGCAGCGAUGACGACAGCAGGGCUUGGUACGGCGAAAACGCCAAGUGUCCCCAGUGCCAUCCUGCGUUCAUGAGACCUGGCAGUUGUGAACCAUGUAUCAAAAUUCGGAGAUGAACACCCACAGUCCUUUUCCUACCUCAUCCUUUCAACCCUUAGUUUCCCACCUUUCCUUUUUAAAAUUAGUUAUUUUGUUUGUUGGUAAGCUAGCUAAGGUAACCCCCAGAAUUCCUGACAUCCUAAGAAAUCCUUACAGAAAUUGCAUUGUAUUCGUAUAUUUUUAGGUAGUUAAGAGUUGACGCACUAACCCACGCCCUGAAUCGGGAAAAACAUCAGAUCAUUCCGCAGAUCAUGACCUCUUGGCUCCUAGACACCUAACUUAUUGACUCACUCUGCAGCCGCGAUCAUUCCCCGAAGAAGAUCGACAUUUCAACCGCUCACUCUAACCCUAUUCAGUACGUUCACAUCUACUAACUCUCAAAGCGCUCAAUCAAGCAAGCACCUUACAACGAGAGCUCAUGACAAUCUCCGGAAUGAUCUGGGUCCUUGGACCAGAGAUUACAACGAAUUGUACAUACACCGUCGCCAAGUAAUUUGAAGAAAAAUAAAUGUGUGUUGAAAAUUGUA